AUGGACUUGCAUCUGGAGAAGGGCGCCGUGCCGCCCAGAGGCCGGAGGCUCCGGUUCGUGCUGCUCGCAGCAGCUUCUUUCUUCCUCCUCUCGUUUGUUGCCAUUUUUGCGCUGGGCGACUUUCAGUUGGCCGCGCUUGGCUUUCAACAGGCCGAUGACACGCCGGUCGAGGAGGAAAAGGUGGAGCGGCCUCUGUUCACGGCCAAGACGCGCAACGUCCCUACCGGCGACAAGUACCUGAUUGGUGUUGGCAAGGCUGACAUUACGGGUCCCGUUGUGGAGAUCAACUUUGCUGGAUAUGCCGACAGCUCGCAGGUCGGCACGGGGCUGCGGCAACGCAUCUACGCCAGGUCCUUUAUCGUUGCCGAUGUCGCCAACCCCAACGACCGCUUCGUGUACAUCGUGGUUGACACGUCUGCAGGUGACACUGCCAUGCGAUAUGGUGUGCUCGAGGGCCUCAAGGCACUGGGCUCAGAGUACGACGUCUACGGCUCUUCCAACGUGGCACUGACUGGCACGCACAGCCACAGUGGACCGGGCGGCUGGUUCAACUACCUUUUGCCCCAGAUCACCAGUCUUGGUUUUAGCAAGGAGAGCCUACAGGCUAUUGUGGACGGCACGGUGCUUUCGAUCAAGAGGGCGCACGAGUCGCUGGCUCCGGGCUACUUGGAUGUCGGGACCACCAAGAUCCAAGAUGGCAACGCACAGCGCAGUCUGUGGGCCUACUUGGCGAAUCCCGAGGAAGAGAGGCAACAGUACGGCGACGAGACUACCGACAAGACCAUGACUCUGCUUCGGUUCCAGAGGGAGUCGGACCUCAAGAACAUUGGCGUCCUCACCUGGUAUCCCGUGCACGGCACCGCCAUGCUGCAGAACAACACGCACGUGUCGGGCGACAACAAGGGCGUUUCUGCCGUCAUGUUCGAGAAGGCCAUGCGCGACCAGAGCACAGCGGCUCCGGGCUUCGUCGCCGGCUUCAGCCAGUCCAACGUCGGUGACACCACGCCCAACACGCUGGGGGCGUGGUGCGACGACGGAUCGGGUGAUCAGUGCAAGUUGGAAGACAGCACGUGCGCCGAUGGAAAGUCACAAUCCUGCCGUGGUCGUGGCCCCCUUUUUGACAAGCUCGACUUGGGAGUGUCGAGCUGCUACGAGAUUGGAAGGCGCCAGUACGCCGGUGCCAGGUCUCUCUAUGACAACUUUGACUCGACCUCUACCCCUAUCGUCGGCAAGAGUGUCAAGUCGUUCCACUUCUUCAACGACAUGUCGUUUUUCAAGUUCACCAAGUCGGAUGGCACCGAAGGCCUGGCCUGCCCAGCAUCUCUCGGCUACUCGUUUGCAGCAGGUACCACAGACGGACCCGGUGCGUUCGAUUUCACGCAAGGCGACUCGGGAGAGCCGAGUGCCAACCCUAUCUGGCGUGUGGUGUCUGGGCUGCUGAGGACUCCGACCAAGGAGCAGGCAGCCUGCCAACAGCCCAAGCCUGUGCUUCUCGACGUUGGUGAGCUGAGCGUCCCGUACGCGUGGUCUCCCAACAUUGUGGAUAUCCAGAUGCUGCGGGUCGGACAGUUCGUGAUCAUCGUCUCGCCAGGUGAAGCUACAACGAUGGCUGGUCGGCGCUGGCGUGCUGCAGUCAAAAAGGCAGCAACGGAGCAGGGAUUGACGCCCGCCGAGCCGAUUGUGGUGCUGGGCGGCCCCGCCAACACGUAUGCACACUACAUUACAACCAUUGAGGAGUACGGUCGGCAACGAUACGAGGGGGCCAGCACUCUGUAUGGCCCCAACACCCUCGAGGCCUACGUCAACCUGACGGUCAGCAACAUGGGCUACCUGGCUCCUGGCUCGACGAGCCAGCCCCCGCCAGGCCCGCCGGCUCCCGACUACCGCAAGAACUCGCUCAGCUUCAUCACCGGUGUCGUCCAGGACGCGCCGCCGCUGGGCAGGUCAUAUGGACAGUGCCUCACGCAGCCGAGCGGAUCGUUCAGCCGGGGCGCCGUGGUCAAGGCCACGUUCCAGGGGGCGAACCCCCGCAACAACCUGCGGCUGGAGGGGACAUUCGUGGCGGUUGAGAAGCUGGCGAGCGACGGCAGCACGUGGACGACGGUGCGUGACGACUCGGACUGGUCGCUCGUGUACACGUGGAGGAGGACCAACUGGCUGUUGGGCUACUCGGAGGUGGACGUGGCCUGGGAGACGGAGGCGGACGCGGAGGCGGGUACGUACAGGUUCAGGUACAAUGGCGACUCGAAGGCUCUGGUCGGCGGGGCCAUUAGGGACUUUACGGGAACGAGCGACAGCUUUCAGAUCGGUUGAGGAUGCCGAGGGCGAGGGGACUUUUUUUUGAAGUGCCCGUGGCGGUAAUAUUAUUAAUCUCUUAUUACAGCAGUGACAAGCUAGCACAUAGUCACAACGUCUUGCAUAUACAGAUCACAAGCAUACAACAGAACUCGAUGCUGGUGACUGCUCCAGUUCUAGUUCUAAAUCUAAAGCUGCAGAGUAUACGAAGCACUUGUCGGUGUUGGGGUUGGGGUCAAACUUAGGCUAAAGUCGGGAUACGCAGUAGCGAGGCUUGCAAAGGUGCGGGGGUGUUUGGAGAAGGUCUGCGAGGGUAUGAGAUGACUGGUGGAAUCUGGGGGCCGAAGACGACGGGCGAGGAGAAGAUUUGCGCAUGCAUAGUGGUAAAUGUUGGGGGAAUUGGGCGACGUAUAGUGGGAAUAUGCAUGGUUGUGAACGGACCAAGUAUACCCAGUCAUCUGGUCUAGUAUAAAUCUCGAAGAGGCUGUAAGU